CAUGGAGUUUUUAUUCUCCAUUGGCAUAGCAUGGGUUGGAGUUGAGAACAGGGCCAGCCAGUGAGACCUGGCCACAGCUUGGCCAGGGAAUAUGUGGGGGGUCCUCCCAGCCUAGCACUGCACUGCAGGAAGUUCUUGAGCAGGGGUCUCCAGGCAGGGCCCAUCCUUCCCUCAGGACACAUCUGUGUUUCUCUCCUCCCCGGCAGUUGGCUGCUACAGGCCCCAAAACCCAGCCAGCCCCGGCCAGUGAUGACUGCAGCCCAGGCUGCCCCACCUGCCCUGGGUCUCACCUCUGUGGUAGACACACUUCCCUGGGUCUUGUGCCUUUGGAGGACAGCUGUGUGCUAAGAUUACAUAUGCCUCCUGGAGGAUGGGAGGUGGGUGGGUGGCCCAAGCUAAGGUGUACGCUGAGAGCAGCUCCCCACAUCUCCAGAGCCAGUGCCUCACAUUUGUGCAGAAACACCUGGGGAUCCAGCUGCAGCCAUGCUUGGAGUAUCAGGGCCUGAGAAUCUGAUGAGCCUACAACCUACCUGUCUGCUCCCACACGUGCAUUAAGUGGGUCUGUUCAACCUCUGCAUGCUCAUGGGCUCUGAGGGCCUGAGCUGGAUUUGGUGUCCCAGGAUGGAUACGGACGUGUUGGUGAACCCAUAACAAUCUGAGACUGAUAAAUGUUGCCAAGAGGAACCCGAACCUGUGGUGCAGGUGGCCUGGGCAGGGUCUCAGUGGGACCUCCAGGGAGUUGGGAGGAUCUCAGCAGCAGAGUCCAGGCUGGGUGACAUGCCACCAUCUCCCCUCCAUGGUACUGUACCCAGGCAGGAUGAAGGUGGUACGUGCCAGGAUCCCAAGCACAGGUAUAGUACACACCUUGACCUGGGCCACCUACCCACUUCCAGAGGUUACAGCGAUGGGGACGCUGGGCUUCAGUCCCAGGCACCCCACCAUCCAGGUUAGGGUUAUCUCUCUAUUGAAUUCUGGCUGGGAGGCUGGCCAGACUCAGCCCGUGGACUUUACCCCCAAGGCAGAGGGAGAGUUGGAAGAGGAGGCCUCUAGAUGCUGUGUGUAUGUGCGUGUGCGUGCGUGCACGCAGGUGCCUCCCCACCACAGUACAAAGCCAGGCCCCUAGAAAGAGCUGGGCCAGAUACCCUUGGUCCUGCCGGUGGCAGGGAGGGCUGCCUUGAGGAGGGGACAUUAGGAUCUAAUUUAAAGGGUGAGGAAAAACAAGGAGAGUCCAUCUUGUAUACGGGAAAGAGACCUGUGAACUGUUGUCACUGCCAGCAUUGGGAAGGUCAAGAAACCAGACUGGAGCUUCAGGUCAGCCCAGAGGAACCUGAAUUUCACCCCAAAGGCAAAAGACAUCUGGGGAAGGUUGUCAGGUCAGUGGCCAGAACAUGUCACCCAGGCUCAGAGAUAGGACCCACCUGGCAUAGGGCCAAGGGGCUACAUGGAGAAGGCACGAGGGUUUCAAUCUUAUUCCAACCCCAGACUGUCCCGCAACCCCUCCAGGCAGGAAUCUUACCCUUUCGAGUAGCUGCAAGUACCAUAUGGGCGGAAAUACGAAGCUGGUUUGUGGGCGUGACAAAGACAGCUGCCUCCUAAUUCACCCUGCAGCCCCGUUAUAGGUCCACCCUCCGCUUCACAUCUCUCUCUGGACUUGGCCCAACCUCCAGACUGUUCAGAACCCUCUCGCGGCUCCCCGCCUCCCAGUCCCAGGCCUGAACUAUUCUUGCCAGGAACACUACCAAACUCACCAAACUCUUCACACCCACCUAAUCUCAGCGGUCUCAUUGGCCCCCAUCUCUCUGGCCCUGCUCACCUGAGCAGGAGUCCUGCCUCAGCUGUCCAUAAUAUGUCCAGGUUACAUGACAGGAUCUCAGAGCACAGAAUCAGAGUCCUUCAAGGCGCCGCAACCCAGGGCCGAGGCCGCCUGCCCUGAGAUGGCCCCCAGGCUCAAAGCUUCACAUUUGAACACGAGUUUAAAUGUGCGACCCCCACAUGAAAACUUAAAUCCAAGUGCUCUGAAGGUAACUGCGCCCAAGCAGUGAGUGAGUUUCCUCCUUCAGCGCGCAAGGGCCACGCCUACUUGAUCCUGGGGGAAGAGAAGACAAAAAUGUGGUUGGGAGUCGAGGCUGGGACACCAGUGCCCUAGGAUGAAGAAAGAAGAGCAGAACGAGGAGAACGAAUUCCCUCAGAAUGAAGUUGCCACUGGGGAAGCAUCUGGAAGCAUCCGAGGCGUCGUGUUCUAUCCUUUAAUAGAGAAACUGAGGUUGGCCGUAGGGGACCGCACUGAGUCCAUUGAAGGCGUCGAGGGGGGAGGGGCCUCGGAGGCUCCGCAGGAACGCACAGGGCGGCCAAGGCUGUGGCAACACGACCAGGGCACAGAGUGGGUCGACCUUUGCUCGGGGCGGGGCCAGGCCCGUCUCUGGCAACCUCCCGCCCAGACUCGCUGCGGCGGCGGAGCCGAGCACCCUAGAGGUCGCGGGGUCCGUGCCACUGUCCGAGUGCCGCAGCUAUGGACACCCCACCGCUGGCGGGCAAGAUCGCGGCUUUGUCGCUUGGCGCCCUCCCAGUGUUCUAUGCGCUCAACCACAUCUCGGUGCUCUCGCAUCCCCUGGGGGUGGCCUUGAUGAGCACCCUGAUCCUGGGUCUGUUCUUUGUGGCCAUCUAUAGCUUGUCCCAUGGGGAGAUCCACUACGACCCACUCUAUGCUGUGUUUGCAGUCUUUGCCUUCACCUCGGUGGUGGACCUCCUUAUCGCUCUCCAAGAAGAUGGCUACAUGAUAGGCUUCAUGGAGUUCUACACCAAGGAGGCCGAGCCAUUCCUGCGCACUGCACAUGGAAUCUUCAUCUGCUACUGGGACGGCACUGUUCACUACCUCCUCUACUUGGCCAUGGCUGGUGCCAUUCGCAGAAGGAAGAGGUACCGAAACCUUGGACUGUACUGGCUGGGGUCCUUUGUCAUGAGCAUCCUGGUGUUCCUCCCAGGAAACAUCCUUGGGAAAUACAGCUCAGAGAUCAGGCCCACCUUCUUCCUCACCAUUCCAUAUGUGCUGGUCCAAUGCUGGGCUGGCCUGAAGGUCUUCAACCAGUCGCGGGCACCAACCCGCUGCACCCCCAACAUGGUGCAGGAGGAGCAAAGAAAGGGGCUACUGCAGCGCCCAGCUGACCUGGCCCUUGUCAUCUACCUCAUCCUUGCUGGGUUCUUCACCCUCUUCCGGGGCCUUGUAGUGCUUGACUGUCCCACAGAUGCCUGCUUUGUCUAUAUCUAUCAGUAUGAACCAUAUCUGCGGGACCCUGUGGCCUACCCAAGGGUGCAGAUGCUGAUAUAUAUGUUCUAUGUACUGCCCUUCUACGGCCUGGCUGCCUAUGCCCUCAUCUUCCCUGGCUGUUCCUGGCUGCCGGACUGGGCCUUGGUGUUUGCUGGAGCCAUAGGCCAGGCACAAUUCUCACACAUGGGUGCCUCCACGCACCUGCGCACACCCUUCACCUACCGUGUGCCCGAAGAUACCUGGGCCUGCUUCUUCUUGUGCAACCUGAUGUAUGCGCUGGGCCCCCACCUGUUGGCCUAUCGCUGCCUGUUGUGGCCUGCCUUCUUCCUGCAUCCACCCCCUGGCUCCCAGGCCCCCCACAAAAAGCAGCACUGAUGGGACUGUGAGACUCCCCAGGACUCUGUUUACACAGCCAGCCGGCGCUGCCCCCAGAAGGGUAGGUUGGGUCUUUAGAGGCAGGAGGUAUGUCCCUGGUGUCUUUAGUCCUGACUAUGGUGGUUUCAAGGCCAGCUGGUGGGAUGGAAGACCCAAGGGCCAGGUGUUCUGACAGAGAGGGCUACAGCCACACUCAGCGGUCACUGCUCCCCAACCUCCACAUAUUCGUCUACUCUCACAGAAUUUACCCAUUACUCCCAUGGAUCCUUUUAGUAAAAGCCCUUUUGAUGCCUAAAAUGUUGCUGCCUGAGUGUUUCAUGGGGCAGGGGUGAGGGACUCUCUUCUCAGACCCCGCAAAAGCCCACUCAUUACUGCCAGUAUGAUGGUCAGGAGGUCAGGAGCUGGAGAUGCCAGGUAGCAGAAUUCUGCCUCUGGUCGGUGUAUACAACUCCAUCUUCCAGGUCGGGAAAACUGAGGCUCGGAGAACCAGAACCUGCCUGAAGUCACAAUCAGAAGAGUUUUAAAGUCC